AUGGGCAGCACACAAAAGCCACGGCCCCUAGUUCCCGGCAGUCCCGCUAUUCCCGGUCACGGUGGCGACCGUGGUUACGGCGGGGCAGGGGGUGCGAAGAAUCUCCGGGUUACGGGAGGCCACCAAAUAAAUCUGACUCUUGCGACGUACAACGGCCGCACGCUACGGCUUGACUCGCAUCUGGCGCAACUCGAGGUGGAACUUGGGAAGAUUAGGUGGCACAUAUUAGGGUUAUGUGAAGUUCGAAGAGAGGGGGAGGACACCAUAACCCUCGAAUCAGGUCACCUAAUGUACUUCCGAGAGGGAGACCAACAAUCCCAAGGUGGCGUUGGGUUUCUGGUUAAUAAGUCCCUAGCUGAUAACGUUGUAGAGGUGUCUAGUGUCUCGAACAGGGUAGCGUACCAUAUCAUAAAGCUUACCGACAGGUAUAGCCUCAAGGUAGUGCAAGUGUACGCACCGACCUCGACACAUUCAGACGAUGAAGUGGAGGAUAUGUUUGAUGAUAUAUCAAGGGCCCUCCACUUCACUACAAAGACCCAUUACACCGUUGUCAUGGGGGACUUUAACGCUAAAGUGGGAGUACAGAUUUGCGGCGAAUCGGCAGUAGGAUCCCAUGGAUUUGGAAGCAGGAAUCAUAGGGGGCAAAUGCUCGUCAACUUCCUCGAACGCGAGGGGCUCUUUUUGAUGAACUCCUUUUUCAAAAAGCAGCCUCAAAGGAAGUGGACGUGGCAAAGCCCCGACACUAUGACUAAAAAUGAGAUUGACUUCAUCAUGACGAACAAGAAGCACAUAUUCAGAGACGUCUCUGUGAUCAAUAGGUUUAAUACCGGGAGCGAUCACCGACUUGUCCGAGGCUCUCUGAAUAUCAACGUCAAGGCCGAACGUUUCCGUCUGAUGAAGGCCAGGCUCCGACCAACACUGCUCCAAACCAUGACAGGAUCUGAAACGUUCCAGUCAAAUUUGGAGAACCGAUUUGCCGCCGUGGAAACCACAACAGACGUUAACCAGAACCAAGAAUAUGUGGUUCGGAUCCUCAGGGAGGAAGGUUCGAGAUUCUGUAACGUGCAGCGUAAGGGCAGGAAAUCAAAGCUUUCGGAAGAGACAUUAGGGCUUAUGAAGAAACGACGUGAAAACCCGCCUGUCACUUCGUCAGCUAAGCGGGCUCUAAACCAAGAGAUCAACAAGCACGUACGACGCGACCUCCGGUGCUCCAAUACUCUUGACAUUGAAAGAGCAAUUGAGCUGAAUCGGGGGUCAAAGGUGUUCGUACAAUCUCUUGGAAGAAGCCACUUGACAAAGCUGACCACAACAAGUGGAGAAGUCGUUUCUUCGGUGCCGGUAGUCCUUUCGGAAGUGGAAAAUUUCUAUGCCACGUCUAUAAGCUGUUCUCAAGAGUGGUCACGAAUCGACUUGCGCGAAGACUCGACGAAUUCCAACCACCGGAGCAGGCUGGGUUUCGGAGCGGAUACGGCACCAUAG